AUGUCGGAUCACUCGCUUCAUCGUAUCAUCAUGAGGGGGCUAGUGUGUUGUUUUGUUUUCACAACAUGCAACAUCGUACUAGCCAGAGAGCCUAUAACAUACGAAAGCCUGGUACCGGAUUUUGAAGGUAAUUGUUUAUGUUUUUACUGUGGUAUUACUUAUGACAAGAUGUAUUUCAAUGUUACAUUUGUAGUAGAGUAUUAACUUUUGUUGUAAUAUGCGUUACAGUAUAACUUGAGUAAACAGUACAGUAUAAUUAAUGUAUAUUUUUAGCCAAAAUACCAUUUUAAAUUCAAUUUCAGAGCAAUUCGAGAAAAAAGCAUCAGAAUAUACAGAAGAUUUGACGCCGAAAGAGAAGGAGAUAUUCUUGAGCAGUAGCAAAGUGAACGCUUCUACUGAGCUUCUACUUGAAGCUACCAAAGAACCUCAUGGCUACGCUAAAACAAUGGAACUGGCUAGCCAAAUACUUAGAGAUAAUGGCUAUUCUGAAGAUAUUAUAGAACUUUACUAUGAUGUAAGUGGGUUUAUAAGAGUUAUUUGGGUUUUAAUUUAUGAUAGUGGUGAAGUCUGGCUAAACUGAACUAUCAUAGAGUAAGGUAGGGUAAUGUAUGGUAGGUAAGACAUGAUAGAGUAAGUCACAGUAAAGUAGAAUAGAGUAGGAUAGUGUAGGGUAGAACAACGUACACCAUAUUUUUGUUAUUUUUAUCUUUGUAUAUUUUUUAAAUCCACCUUUUGACCCCCCCCAAGCGAUUGCAAAAACUAUCUAAUUAGAAACCUUGCAGAUAUUUGUUUUGAUGCCUCGAUUGGGCGACUUUUUGCAUUCCCAGAAAUCAGUCGGUCUUCGGAAAGGGCUGCAAAAAACUGGUCAAUUAUUCCAGAAGUUUUCGUCCGCCGACCGUCGCCGACUUCUGGAGGCAAACAGCGACGCGGUCGACUCUCUAGAAGGUAGGGGAAUCUGAAGAAAAGCAAAUCUUUCAGAUAUCUUCGCUUUGAACGCCGCCAACGCGCUGGAUGAGAUUGUUUUCCAGAAACUGUUCGCAUUAUUGAUACGACCAGAGUAUCGACAGGAGUUCUUCGAACGUGUCGUGAAGCCAGCGGACAGUGGAAUUUGA